CUUUAACUUUUGAGGUCAAGCCACUUAUCUCGUAAAAAGUAAUGAGUAAAAACAUCUUCUUGCACGUAAAUAUUCUUCCUGAAUAUGUAAUUAUUUGAAACCAAAUUGACGUAAAAUUACGAGUGGUACUACGAGAGAUAGCCAUUCGCACUCGGUAAUUUAUUACGUCCAUCGCAACACUUUUGGUCAAAGUACGUAAAUGUGUCCAUUUAGAUCGUGUUAACGUAAAAACAUGAGUGCAUGAAGAAUCCAUUUCAUCGCCUACGUUUUUUUUUAGUUGUUCAAUUACAAUUUUUGACUAAAAUGAAGGUGUACUAUAAAGAAAGAUGUGUUUGUAAUGGCUCCGAGAACUUUUAAAAAUCGUGUCCGAAAACAAUCAAAAAUGGCUGAAUCUGCGAUGGGAGAGGUUGUGAAUGGUUUUCCGGCCGAAACUGAAAGUGGAACUCCAAUGCCGUGGUUUGGAAUGGACAUUGGAGGAACGUUGUGCAAAUUAGUAUAUUUUGAACCCAAAAAUAUAUCCCCCGAUGAAUUGGAUUCCGAAGUAGAAAUACUUAAAAAAAUUAGAAAAUACCUCAUUAAGAAUUCAUCCUAUGGAAAAACGGGCCAUCGAGAUACUCAUUUACAGAUGGACAAUGUGCCUCUAAGAGGGCGAAAAGGAACGUUACACUUUAUCCGAUUCCCUACAUCCGAAAUGGGUAAUUUUCUAAUACUGGCAAGGUCCAAGGGUAUAGCUACUUUGGUAUCGACGGUUUGUGCCACAGGCGGUGGGGCAUACAAAUUUGAAAACGAUUUUAAAAAAGAAGUUAAUAUGAAGUUAGCAAAAUUCGAUGAAUUUGAUUCACUCAUAAAAGGUAUGCAGUACGUGGAUGCCCAUAACCCCACUGAAUGCUACUAUUGGGCGGAACCGACUGACGAGAAGAAAUGUUGUAAAAUGAACUACGAUCUGUCGAAUCCAUACCCAUUUCUUAUUGUAAAUAUUGGAUCAGGUGUAAGUGUUUUAGCUGUAUAUGGACCAAAUAAUUAUAAGCGUGUAUCUGGAACCAGUAUAGGAGGAGGUACGUUCUUGGGAUUAUGCUGUUUGUUAACUGGGUGUAAUUCGUUUGAAGAAGCUAUUGAGCUUGCAGCCGGUGGUGACAACACACACGUAGAUAAGUUGGUUAGAGACAUUUAUGGUGGUGAUUAUCAGAGAUUUGGUUUACCUGGAGACUUAGUUGCGAGCAGUUUUUCGGCUGUGUGUAGUUUUGGACAAAUGAAUUCAAGAGAUCGUCGUUCCAAGGUUAGUCGUGAAGAUCUUGCAAAGGCCACUCUAGUAACCAUUACAAACAAUAUCGGUUCGAUAGCUAGGAUGUGUGCUCUUCAGGAAAAAAUUGAUAGGGUAGUGUUCAUUGGAAAUUUUUUACGAGUGAAUCCCAUCUCCAUGAAAUUGUUAGCAUACGCCAUGGACUACUGGUCGAAUGGAACGAUGAAAGCGUUAUUCUUGGAGCACGAGGGUUACUUCGGAGCAGUUGGGUGUCUACUUCAGUUUAACGAGCACAGUUGAUUUAAUACAAUAAAUGAAGUUUGUGCGCCUUAACAAUGAAACAAAUAAAAACAUUCCAAUCAAAAUGAGGUGAAGGAUUUCGAAAUAGGUCCUAUGGUACAAGGAACAGUAAUAGGUUUAGUUUUGCAUAUACUCACCGUGAAAAUGUCGAUGUUACUGAUUUCUCCUUUUCUGAUACUGUAUAGUUAAGCUUAACAUAUCUCUUAAAUUAAGUGCGCAAAUGUAUUUCAAAUCACUAACAUACGGUCAAACAUAGUAUAAAAUAAUUCUGCUACAAAAAUAAUUAUUGCACAAAUGUAUACUUUUAACAGUAUAAUGCAAGAGGAGAAGCAAUGGACAUUGACAAAUUUGCAAUGCUUUUAUAUUAAUAUUAAC